UGUGCUCCUCUUCUCAGUGAGGGAGAACCAGAAAAAAGUGUAGAGAGAGAAAUUUAUGCUUUCUCCUCUCUCUCUCUCUCUCUCUCUCUCUCUCUCUCUCUCUUUCUCUUUCCUUUCUCUAUCUAUAUGUAUAGAUAAAUCUGUAUUUGGUGAAGGAUAAAAAGUACACAGUGAGACAGAAACAAAGUAAGGAGAUUGAGCAAAAAUAAAACCAUAAAGAUUCAGUUUUUUUUCUGUUUUUGAGAGAUUUAAGAGGACCCCAUUAAAAUUUAAUCUAUUUCUCUAUCUGGGUGUGUGUUAAAAUGGCUGAAGGGAAAGGAAACAAGAAGAGAUUGUCUAUAAAUCUUUCCCUUUUUGCCCUCGCUGAUAACAGCAGCAAUAAUAAAUCUCCUAAGAAGUUUGAGGACCCAAAUGGUGCUGUCGUUGGACUUGGAAUUGUGGCAGCUAUGAAUAAGAAUAGUAAUUGUAGUAGUAAUAGUAGAGCAGCAAUUAUUGCUAUAUCUCCAAGAUCAACUACUUCAAACCCAAUCCCAAUUUUUUCUAGUUUUAAGAAGAAGCCUAGUAUUGAAGAAAUGGAGAUGUGUGAGGAGUAUACUUGUGUUAUUUCUCAUGUGGGUACAAAUUUGGUUAAGAAAAGAGAGUAUUUUGAUGGUCAAUUUAUAGGAAACAGCAACUCUAAUGCCUACCAGAAAACUGUUAAUCAUACAACAAGUUUUACUAUGGCUGAUUUCCUCAAUUCUUGCUUUCUUUGCAAGAAACAGCUUAAGGGGUUGGAUAUUUUCAUGUACAGAGGGGAGAAGGCGUUUUGUAGUGCAGAGUGUCGUUGCACACAGAUAUCAAUCGAUGAACACAAAGAGAAAUGUGGUUCUGAAGCCAUGAAAUCACUUAGCGACUACUCUGUUUCUCCUUGCUCGGGUCCAAUGCAGUUUUUCACUGGUGUAGCUGUGGCAUAACUCAAAAGCUCGUAUGGUGUACGUACCCCCAACGUUGCAUAAUAUAUAAAUAAAUAAAAAGAUAUAUUGGUUUUAAAACGUACCUGAAUAAGAAUUGGUACCCGUUGGGUUAAGAGAGAUGUUAGAUAUUUAUGUCAUGGACACAUCCUGAGCAGGCAAUCUUUGCAACUCAAAAGAGUAUGAAAAGAACAUUUCUGGGAAAGAAAGCAUGUUUAUGAAGUUUGUUAUAAGCUAGUAAUGAAGGAUUUUACAUUUUAAUCAUAAGUUGGAAAUCAAUAACA